AUGCCCCAGAAGCUCGCAGCAGCAGGCAGCAAUGCUAAAGGCCAGCUGGGCAUCGGUCCGACGCAAGACGCUCACCAGUUCAUCUUCGCUCAGUUCUUGCAACCUGACGGUGUCAUCAAGGUACUUCCUCAAGGUCAUCGGAUCAAGAGGCUCGCUUCAGGCGCAAAUUGUACGCUUUGCUUGAUCACAGUACGAGAUGGCAAGUCUCAGCUCUGGGCUGCUGGCGAUGGCGCAAGAGGACAGCUGGGAGAGCCAAAGCGAGAGCUGCAUUCGUUCGCUCAGCUCGAUAUACGCCAUCCUUGCCUUGAUCAACCAGAUGCUCAGAUUGUCGAUGUAGCGGCAAGCUGGGAUACGUCCUUUCUCGUCGUGCGCAGACCCAAGAGCAAGGACAGAGUGCUCGCGAUGGGCGGAAACGACUUUGGCGAGCUCGGUCGUCCUGCAUGCGACAAUAUAUUGACCGAAGUUGUCUUACCCGGCCAUGUGGAGCGUAUCGAGCAGAUCGUGGCAGGAGUCCGUCAUGUGCUCGUCAGAGCCUCCGAUGGUCGAGUAUUCGGCUGGGGAGCUGCACGCAAAGGCCAACUCGGGUCAGAUGAGGCAUCAAAGGGCGUAUCUCUGCCUGUCGCAUUAGACCUGUCUGGCCGGUGUACAGACGUCGCCGCCGGUAACAACCACAGUAUCUGCAUUGUCGAUAACGCCAAAGGCACGCCGCACAUCACUGUGUUCGGCACUCUUGCAGCCUUGCCAGAUACGCUUGCGCCAGACGUUGUGCGCAUAUACAGCACCUGGACAGCAGCGCUUGCAUUGACCAGCUCGCAUCAGGUCCUCGGCUGGGGCUCUGAUUUCGCUCAUCAGCUCGGGCGUUCGAACAAAGAAGCUGUUGCAUGCGUCGAGCUCGAGCACAGCGGCCUCGAGAGCAUCAGCGAGUUGACUUGCGGCAGCGCCCACUGCCUCGUCCUCGGCCAAACACACUCGAGCCCGCAAGUUUGGGGGUUUGGCUGGAAUGAGCAUGGCAAUCUCGGGCUCAACGAUGGCUUGAGCAGUAUCGCCAUAGCCCGUCAAGUCUGGCCCGCAGGCGGAGACGCGGUUGGCAACGCUGUCAAGGUGUUCGCUGGCAACGCCACUAGCUUCAUAGUCAUCGAGACGUUUUAA